AUGGGGGAGUACGCCGUGCAACCUCUGCUCCUGCUGCUGGCCCUGGCCGUCCAGCCCUGGAGUCCCUGCUUAGGUGCCGACGCGGAGAAGCCCUGCAGCAUCCCCGCAGAUAAGUUAUUAGUCCUAACUGUAGCAACAAAAGAAAGUGAUGGGUUUCAUCGAUUUAUGCAGUCAGCCAAAUACUUCAAUUAUACUGUGAAGGUCCUCGGGCAAGGAGAAGUGUGGAGAGGCGGCGAUGGGAUCAAUAGUAUUGGCGGGGGUCAAAAAGUGCGAUUAAUGAAAGAAGUUAUGGAACAGUACGCCAAUCAAGAGGGUCUGGUGGUCUUGUUUACUGAAUGCUUUGAUGUCAUAUUUGCUGGUGGUCCAGAAGAAGUUCUGAAAAAGUUCCAAAAGUUAAACCACAAAGUGGUCUUUGCAGCAGAUGGAAUUCUGUGGCCAGAUAAAAGACUAGCAGACAAGUAUCCUGUUGUGCACAUUGGGAAACGCUACCUGAAUUCCGGAGGAUUUAUUGGUUAUGCGCCAUCUAUCAACCGUAUAGUUCAACAGUGGAAUCUCCAGGAUAAUGAUGACGAUCAGCUCUUUUACACUAAAAUUUACAUCGAUCCACUGAAGAGGGAAGCUUUUAACAUCACGUUGGAUCACAAAUGCAAAAUUUUCCAGGCUUUAAAUGGAGCUGUAGAUGAAGUGGCUUUGAAAUUUGAAAAUGGCAAAGCCAGAGCUAAGAAUAUAUUUUAUGAAACGUUACCCGUGGCCAUUAAUGGGAAUGGACCCACCAAGAUUCUCCUGAAUUAUUUUGGAAACUAUGUACCUAAUGGAUGGACACAGGAUAGUGGCUGCACUCUUUGUGAAUUGGAUACAAUUGACUUGUCCUCAGUAAAUGUCUAUCCAAAUGUAACAAUAGGAGUUUUUAUUGAGCAACCAACCCCUUUCCUACCUCGAUUUCUGGACAUAUUGAUGACACUGGAUUACCCCAAAGAAGCACUUAAAGUCUUUAUUCAUAACAAAGAAGUUUAUCAUGAAAAGGACAUCAAGGUAUUUUUUGAUAAAGCAAAACAUGAAAUCAGUACUAUAAAAAUAGUAGGACCAGAAGAAAAUCUAAGUCAAGCCGAAGCCAGAAACAUGGGAAUGGAUUUUUGCCGUCAGGAUAACAGCUGUGAAUAUUACUUUAGUGUGGACGCAGAUGUUGUUUUGACGAAUCCAAGGACCUUAAAAAUUUUGAUUGAACAAAACAGAAAGAUCAUCGCUCCUCUUGUAACUCGCCAUGGAAAGCUGUGGUCCAACUUCUGGGGAGCCCUGAGCCCCGAUGGGUACUACGCGCGAUCUGAAGAUUAUGUGGACAUUGUUCAGGGGAACAGAGUAGGAAUAUGGAAUGUCCCGUACAUGGCUAAUGUGUACUUAAUUAAAGGGCAGACACUCCGAUCAGAGAUGAGUGAAAGGAACUAUUUUGUCCGCGACAGACUGGACCCUGACAUGGCCCUUUGCCGAAAUGCCAGAGAAACGACUUUACAAAGGGAAAAAGACUCCCCUACUCCGGAAACAUUCCAAAUGCUCAGCCCCCCAAAGGGCGUAUUUAUGUACAUUUCUAAUAGACAUGAAUUUGGAAGAAUACUAUCAACUGCUAAUUACAAUACUUCCCAUUAUAACAAUGACCUCUGGCAGAUUUUUGAAAAUCCUGUGGACUGGAAAGAAAAGUAUAUAAACCGUGAUUAUUCAAAGAUUUUCACUGAAAAUAUAGUUGAACAGCCUUGUCCAGAUGUCUUUUGGUUUCCCAUAUUUUCUGAAAAAGCCUGUGACGAGUUGGUGGAAGAAAUGGAGCAUUAUGGCCAGUGGUCUGGAGGGAAACAUCACGAUAGUCGUAUAUCUGGCGGUUAUGAAAAUGUACCAACUGACGAUAUCCACAUGAAGCAAAUUGACCUGGAGAAUGUAUGGCUUCAUUUCAUCCGGGAGUUCAUUGCACCGGUUACGCUGAAGGUCUUUGCAGGCUAUUAUACAAAGGGCUUCGCAUUAUUGAAUUUCGUUGUGAAAUACUCCCCUGACAGACAGCGUUCUCUCCGCCCUCAUCACGAUGCCUCCACCUUCACCAUCAACAUCGCUCUCAACAACGUGGGAGAAGAUUUCCAGGGCGGGGGCUGCAAAUUCCUGAGGUACAACUGCUCCAUCGAGUCGCCGAGGAAGGGCUGGAGCUUCAUGCACCCCGGGAGGCUCACGCAUCUUCACGAAGGGCUUCCUGUGAAAAACGGGACGAGAUACAUCGCAGUGUCCUUCAUAGAUCCCUAAGUUAUUCGGAUUCUUGGAAGCGCUGUUUCCUCGGGAAUGGGUGAAGAUGUCUGAAGUUGUGCUGGAGAAGAUGAGAGGGAUAUUUAAGCAACUUCAACAGAACAACUUCACUUUGGGCCAAACGUUUGAAAAACUUCAUAAAAAAUUGAUACGUCCUAAUGUCUGCUCUGAGCCUUAAAACACAGAUCGAAGAAGAAAGAAAAAGGAAAAAAAGGAAAAGCGAAUAUUUAUUUCUUUGCCUUCUUGUCUCAGAAUAAUGAGAGUGUUUCUGAAUUUGCGUUUCUUCUGAUAAAAUAUUCUGGUACAGAUGUACAAGUGACAAAGGAGACUAGUAAUAUUUUCUUAUUUAACAAAGCCUGGGAAGACUUUUAUUUAUCAACAUGUAGAUAAU